CACCGGAAGUGUGUAAUAUAUAUUUUGGAAAUUCCCAAAAGAGAUAUUUACUUUAUUGGUUAGUUGUAAAAAACAGCAAAAUUGUUGCCCUCUAGGCUCUUAGCGGCAAAAGAGCCCUUUUGGGCUAAAGCUGCAAGACACCAAGGUGAGAUGACUUCAAAAGCUUUAAUUUCAAACGUCCUAAGGAAGGGUAAACAAGUAUUUCAAGGAAUUGUCAAAACUCAAACGCAGAAAGCUGGGGUCAAGGUCACUCGAAUACCAAAACAAACCCAGACUGUUCAGCAGGUUGUCACAUACCAAUCCCAGGCUACAAGGAAUAAGUUAUUCAAUGUAUGGCAAAAAAUCCUACCCAAAUACUACUUCAACAGCAUUGCAAGUCGGAUUGGUCGUCAGGCUGCAUGGAGAUGUGGAAGAAAUGUGCCACUGUUUUCAUUUGUUGGUCUUGUAAUGGCUCAUCAUGCAGAAAAAGAGGAAGAGGAGAUUCUUGGAAAAAUUCAGGACUUUGUUAAGGCUACAGACACUGUGAGAUCUCCACUACUUGAGAAAAUAGGACAGUUGUCACUUGAACAGUUUGAGUUUGGUCAGCUUAUAGGUCAAGGUUGCAAUGCGGCUGUAUACGAAGCACAUCUGAAAACAGGUUCUCUAUCAGAUUCUGAAGAUAAAGACAUUAUUGAAGCAGAGGAUAAUGAAUCAAACAACACUAGCUAUUCAUCUCCAGCAGACAUAGAAGAGUCACCAAUUGUUCGUGAAGAUAUCUCUGAUGCUGAAGAUGAUACAAGUGACAGCGGAAGCGACAUCACAAUCUUAUCCCUAUCAGAUGAUGACCUGGAUGAAUCCGAAAAAGCGCCACUUGAGUUUCUUACAACUGCAGAAGAUGACUUUAUCGACUUUCCUGAUUCUGACAGUGAAAUUUCAAUUUUGAGUUCUCCUGAAGACGUUUCUGAUGUAGAGUAUGCUUGUAUGGCACCAGGGGAUUUUAACGUUACUGAGAGUCUCAUAAGUUAUCAAGAAGAUGAAGAAGAAGAUGACAACAAUAUCGGAAUAAAACAGAAUUCUGUCAAUGAUUUGUCCCUGUCCAUGUCAUGUGCUGAAAUAGUGGCUAAAUUUAUGGGGAAAAUGGAUGAAGCAUCAGACCAAGGGGAAAUCUUUGAUGGAAAUGUACAAGAAUAUAACUCUCUAGAUAGUAGUUUUUCAUCAGGUAUAUGUGGGAAGUUUAACCUUGCUGUUAAGAUGAUGUUUAACUAUGGGGCGGAGUCUAAUGCUGAUGCCAUUAUGAGAGAGAUGGAAAGGGAGACAAUCCCUGCAAGACUGGCCAUGUCACAUGGACAGAUGGAAACAUGGCAGAAUGGGCACAAAGUUCGGAAGAAAAGGCUUCCACCACAUCCAAACAUAGUGGAGAUGUGGGGCGUGUUUGUUGACCCAGUGCCACACCUCCCUGACAGUCUUCUCAACUACCCAGCUGCCCUGCCAGCACGUAUUAACCCACACGGCAUUGGACGUAAUAUGACACUGUUUCUUGUCAUGAAAAAGUACCAGAAUACUCUAGGGGAGUAUCUUUCGACAUUCAAUCCCAGUUUACACGAGAGGUUGAUAUUAUUGGCUCAACUUUUAGAAGCUGUUUGUCACAUGAGAAGGCACGGUAUAGCUCACAGGGACCUGAAAAUGGAUAAUAUCUUCCUUGACACUUCUACAGCUGGCACACCACAGUUAGUUGUAGGAGAUUUUGGAUGUUGUUUGGCAGAUGAUCGUCAUGGUCUACAGAUUCCAUACCCUACAGAACAUAUGGACAGGGGAGGUAACACCGCACUCAUGGCACCAGAGAUUUCGACCGCAGAACCUGGUAUGUUUUCAUACCUGGAUUACAGUAAAUCAGACCUCUGGGCAACUGGGGCUUUGGCUUAUGAAAUUCUAGGGGCAGACAACCCAUUUUACACCCAUGCAAACAAAGGGAGGUUAGACAGUAGAACAUACUCAAAGGAAGAGUUACCUCUCUUACCAGAUGAUGUUCCAGAGGUGGUAAAACAACUUGUGUCUUUGAUGUUAGAUAGAAAAGCAAGCCAGAGACCUACAGCUAGAUUUGCAGCUGAUGUUCUGCAUGUGUUUUUGUGGAGUCCCUCUGAUUGGCUGUCACCUAGCAACACAUUAUCAAGGUCGCAGGUCAACUGGUGGCUUAUUUCCAUGGCAACAGAAGUGCUUCUUGGUGCAAAAUCAGCUGAACGUGAUUUGAAAAGAAGUUUUUUGGAAAAUAUAAAUAUGAACAGACUAAGUGAUGUUUUUUACUUUCUUGGAGCAAAAAUUGAAUAAUUAUGAUUAUGAAAUUAAAAAAAAAACUGAAUAGAAAAUGCUGUACUGUGACAGAUAACAUUAUGCAAUGAUUCAGAUUUGUUUUUGUUUUGUUUUUGUUUUUUGUUUUUUUUUAUAAUGAG